GCAUCUCUCUCAGCUGGGUAUCACACUACACUCAGUGCUGUUAGGAAAUACCAUCUGCUUGCUAUAGCCAUAUCUCUCAAGAAAAGCCUGAAGUACUCUAAGGUCACUAAAAUGUGGCUUAUAAUUGAAGAACCCAUAUGAGUGUCAGAUUUUCUGGUGCUUUGUUCAUCUGACUUCGGCCAACAUGAGGCAAUUUCACAGAGAUGUAUCCCCCCCUAUCACUCAGGAUAGUAUACCAUGGUGCACACUGCUUUCUCAAGACAGACACAAAAAUGAACGAGCCAUGUAGCAAAUCCACUUAGUUUGUUUUUUAUGUGUUUUUUUGACCUUAUGAGGUCUAUAUUGGGCUGUCCUCCUGUACAGACAGGCAUGAUUCACUAAGUCAAUUGGUGAACAGGUAAACCCUGACUGCGGAAUAGAAGGCAUUAUUUACAAGUCAUUGUUCAAAUAUGUCAGGUGCCUGCUUUCAUGCCCCCUCGCAUCAAAGAGAAAGAUCAAAAGGUCACAAAUGAGGCUGCUUUUUUCUGGCAAAUAUUGAGAUCCGGUUAUGACAAACAUGGAAAUAAGAGAAUCCAUUUUUAAAAAAGCAAAUAUUUAACUGUAAAUUGCAUACAUACAGAUCAGAUAAGAGCGCUUUCAAGACAGUGCAUUAUAGGAAAUAUGAGGCAAAUCAAUUACACAAUUUAAACACAGUUCCCAAUACAAUCAAACCCAAAGAAAACGAGUUGAGCACCAGGUAUAACUUUUAAAACCAUGGAUAAGUAGUACAAUUACAUGUUUUGUAAAUUAGAUAUUGAGCAUUAUGCAUAUCAGCAGCCCAAGUGAUCAAACUGGAGUACAGCUUGUUGCAUUUACCUCACCAUUUUUUUUACACUCAAUUAUGUAUAUAUAAGUUUGCAAAAAUCUAUUUCAUGCAACUCUUUGCAUGACGUAAAAAAUGUGCCAUAUUUCUUAGAUACUGUGUAAUAAUCGUAUGAGCUUGGGGAUUUGAUGGCAUUGAGGGGGAGGGGACAUGAGGCUGUAUGGGGUACUGUAGUAUAAAAUGCACAUUAUAUUCAGUCAGUGGAGGAUCAGUCAGAGAAGGAAUAGACACAGCCCUCUAUCCAGCUGAACAAAUAGAUAUUUUCUGAGCUCACUCAACAGCAAACGAUUAUUAUUUAAUUAAAAUAAAAUAGGCUUAUUUGAAUACAGCUUUGUCUGGUAUCAUUACACUCAAUGGAUAUUUGGAAAUUCCAGCUGGUAAUAGUUACCCUGUGUUCCCUGGUGUAUACAUGUCAGGGAUUGUCUUAUAGUGUUGACAAGGAACACUGGGUAUCCAAAGACUGGCAGCCACUGGAGAAGAGGUUGGCCAGCCAAGUGGCUAGUCUGAUUAAGAGAUCUAAAGCCCAUCAGUUCUACGGGCUCAUGGGCAAACGCUCAGAUGAUCAGCCACAGCCUAUUGGAGUGAAUAGAAGACGAAAUAAAGGGGAGAUGUUUGUUGGACUUAUGGGAAGAAGAGCAUCAAGUGGGGAAUCGUUCACAAGAAUCAUUCCAGAUGCUACAAGCACUGCGAUCGAUAUCGCCGAAGGAUCACACACACAACCAGAUUCACAAGAGGCAUGGGUCCAACUCCUGUAUGACUACAGCUAAUAAAAAAUAUUCAGAUUUAAAUGUUUACAUGAUCUAUACAAUGUUGAUAUCAACGCAGAAAAAAAAGAAACAAC